AUGCCUCCAAAUGCGGAGGCAUCCCUUCGAUUUAACCGUCCAAGUGUGCGCCAAUUCAACAAAGCAGCAGCUAAAGCUGCAGUGCAAAAGUACCAGGACAAGCCACUUAUUGAGAGUUGUCGCCUAGAUGCAAAAACGAGACAACGUCGUGAGAGGAUAUGGAAGAACUGGGAAGAAUUUGCGGCCUGCGCCGACGUUGACCCAGAGGCCAGCUGGAUUGAGCUCUGCUUGGGCGAACCAGACGUUCAAGCUGUUUUCCAAGCUUUCCUGCGACAGUAUUGGGAGGAGUCCGUCACUUUGCGACCGUGCCUUGGUCCUAAGGAAUAUGAGAAGGUCCAUACGAUUGAUUGUGCGUCCACAAUAGAAGAUGUGUGGUGUAUGCUGGUCAAUCAUGCUGGUGACCGGAUUAUGAAGCCGAAAAGGCUCCAAGAUCGCAAGAACGCUGGGGUCUGGUCGUUAAAGUGUUCGCCGGAUGAUAGACUCUCUUUCGGCAUGUAUGUCGUCGAGAUGGGCCUUGGUGGUUGGCGACUAGGCGCGCUGGAACUGAAGAAAUACAACCAUGUCAAGCUUGCGUGGGUUAGAGACCCGGUUGACCCGUCUGUGACGCGAACCAUUUGCUGGUCUACGAUUGACCAUAACAAGCUACAAAAGAUUAGGAUCGAGCGAGAACAGCGUUCUAGCUUAUGCUAUGCGGUUACUGUGAUCCCAAGCCUGAUCCUAUGCUUAACCACGAUGUUCACGAUCCGAGCAAUAAAGGACGAUGCCUUUGAAGCUGGUUUUACGUCAUGCGAUGAGGUCCUCAACCCGACAACACUUGAGGAUGGCGUCAAUUUUGUCGAACUACGCUGGAAAGAAGAGUUUAUGGCUGAUGACAAGCAUAUUAUGCCCAUGAAUUAUCGUAGGUUUCUUGACCUUUGGAAUGAGGAAGGGUCAUCAAGUCAAGAAGCAAAGAAGGUUUCAGCGCGAAUCAAAUACAUCAUAAACUGCCUUGAGAAGUUAGCAGUCCGGGAGAAGCGUCAGAAGUACUUUAAAGAAGCAGAUAAGUUACGAGCAACAAACCAAACUACGGCGCAUCUAAGAGAAGAGGUGCAAAACUUAAAGCGGAAGAGGUUUGGGAAUAGCAGCGCCCACGCCGCCAAGCUAGCCCAUCUUUUGAUUGACCCUAACGCCACUAGUGGUCUUGCUAACCGCCUCGUCGGGUAUAUAAGCGGAAUACACACGCAUCAAGAGGUUACUGAGAGCGAUGACGCUGUGGACAGACCGAGGCAGGCAGCGCGAUGUCUGUUUGGUUGUGGAGCCUUCUUUAACAUAUCAGCACUCAUAAGGCACGUUCGCAAGUUCCACAUGCACAUCUUUAAGACACGUAAGCUGUUCGAUGAGCCAUUCCGCUAUCCAGCUUACCUGCAAAUGGGCAGGGAGGCUAACAUCGCAGACGAAGGAGGCUGGAUCAUUCAUGUAGCGGAGGUUCAUGGAGGCAGCAAGAUUCUUGGAGCUGUACUAGUCAACAAAACAUCAUGUCUUAACACAAAAAUCGCACCAAUAGCUAUGGACUUCGCGGAAGCUCAACACCAAAAAGAACUCGAGAAGAGACGAGAAGCGCUCAGGAAGAGGAAGGAAGCCAAUGCAUUAGGGCCGCGCCCCCACCCAUACAAACGCACGAAACUAGCCUUCACCCAGUCAUACGCACGAUACAGCGAUGACUCUGAGUACAAAGACCCAUCUCCUGAUCCUCAUGCAGAUGAGGAGUUUUGGGUUGAUGGAAGGGAGUAG